GUAAGGCCAAACAAUCACCCUAAAGAAAGGCCACACAGUAGAAUCUUUUUACGGUGCUAUACGCAACACCAGAUCACAGCCAAUGCCCCGAUUCUCUCUAUUUCUCUCCAUUGCCUAAGUCUUUAAUCCAACUUUAUUUUGGGAAAUUACUUCUCAAAAAAGAACUCGGAAAAACCCUAACUUUGCUUCUCUCACGCUCUCCAUGGAGUUUUGGGGUGUUGAAGUUAAAAGUGGACAGAACUUUGAGGUUGAACUGGAGGAUGAUGGCAGUAGGAUCUUGCAUCUUUCACAGGUUGCCCUUGGUGAGGGGACUGGUGAUAACAAGAAAGAAAAAGGAAAGGAAACCAUUUGUCUCUAUCUCAAAUUCAAAAAUCAGAAGUUUGUGGUUGGAACACUUUCCCAAGAGAAAUGCCCCCAGAUAGCAUUGGAUUUGGUAUUGCAUGACAAAUUUGAGCUGUUCCAUACGUGGAAGAAUGGCAGCGUAUAUGUCACUGGCUAUUAUGUUGAUACAUCUCAAGGUAGUGAUACUGAGUCUGAAGGGGAGCUCCCUGAACCUACAAUGAAUCUUGUAAAGUCAGAGCCUGCAGCAUCUGAUCCUACUACGACAAAGCAGGUUAAGAUUGUUGAACCUAAAAAAGAUGAUGAUAGUAGUGAUGAGGAUGAAGAGGAUAGUUCUGCUGAGGAUGAAGAGUCCAGUGAGGAGCAGGAACCUCGCAUGCUGGUUAAUGGUGAGAAUGAUACUGACGAUGCUGACAGUGAUGAGGAUGAUAGUGAUGAAGAAAGCUUAGAUGAGGAUCAAAAGACUCCUGAGAAGGCUGGACCAAGCAAGAAGAGACCUGCUGAGUCAUCUAAAAAGACCCCUGCUCCCGAAAAGAAGGCAAAGCUGGUCACUCCCCAAAAGACAGAUGGCAAGAAAGCGGGUGGACAUACUGCAACCCCUCACCCUUCCAAAAAGGCUGGGAAAACAUCAGCUGCUGCUGCACAGGUGAAGCAGACUCCAAAGUCCGGUGGUUCAUUCCCUUGCAAGUCCUGCGGCAGAUCAUUUGGCUCUGAAAAUGCUUUACAAUCUCAUUCCAAAGCAAAGCAUGGCACUCAAGCGUAAAAAGUGAACCGGUUUAGGGUCGUCGUUCAAAUUUUGUUUGUUUCUAGAAUGGACAAGUGGACAUGACUAGUUGAAUGUAGUUAAUGUAGUAGUACAUAAUUGCCUUAUGUUUGAAGAUGGUCCUUUUGAAUGAAAUUACAAAUUAACAGGUUUAUAA